AUGGCAACUAUUCAAAGGAAGAGAUUGAUGCCAAAAUCUGCAUUUCUGGUCAAGAAAUACAGACGUGGUAUUAGGAUAUCUUUUACUGCGCUUUGCAUUCUAUUGACUUUAUUAUUUAUUAUGCAUGCACCAUCUUCAACCACCAAAGAUGCAACCACAUUAAAUACUGGCACCGAUAUUGCUAGCACGAGUGCAAUUAGUGACCCUAGUAACAAAGAAUAUCUGAUGCCAUUUACUGAUAAGGCACAAAAAGUUGUGCAUCCUAAGGAUGAUGGUAUCAAAGAAAAUGCGGUGAUGGUUACAUUGGCAAGGAAUUCUGAUCUUUGGAGUUUAGUUCAUAGUAUUAGACAUGUGGAAGAUCGUUUUAACCACAAAUACCAUUACGAUUGGGUUUUUCUCAACGAUGAUGAAUUUACGGAUGAAUUUAAGAGGGUCACAAGUAACUUGGUAUCGGGUGAAGCAAAAUACGGUAAGAUCCCCAAGGAACAAUUCUCCACACCACCAUCAAUUGACAAAGAUAAGUUGUCCACCACGUUGAAAACAAUGAGGGAUAAUGGUGUAAUCUAUGGUGAUUCUGUUCCUUACAGACACAUGUGUAGGUACCAAGCUGGUUUAUUCUACCGUCAUCCACUUUUACAACAGUACAAUUGGUAUUGGAGAGUCGACACUGAUAUUACCAUUUUCUGCGAUAUCCAAUACGAUCUUUUCAAGUUCUUAAGAGUCAAUGACAAGAAGUAUGGUUUCAUUUUAUCAGUUUCUGAAUACGAAGCUACCAUCCCUACACUAUGGUCCACCACAAGGAAAUUCAUGAAAGAAUAUCCACAUCUAGUGCAUAAAAACAAUUUGAUGAAAUACAUUUCAGAUGAUAAUGGUGAAACCUAUAACUUAUGUCAUUUCUGGUCAAAUUUUGAAAUUGGUUCAUUAGAUUUUUGGAGAUCAGAAGCCUACGAUAAGUAUUUCGAAUAUUUGGAUCAAAGUGGUGGAUUUUAUUAUGAAAGAUGGGGGGAUGCUCCUGUUCAUUCAAUUGCCGCUGCAUUGUUUUUGGACAGAUCUCAAAUUCAUUUCUUUGAUGGUCUUGGAUUUCAUCAUCCUGAUUUCCUAUCAUGUCCAGUAGAAGAAGAUAUUAGAAUCCAGAACCACUGUACUUGUAAUCCAAACAGAGAUAACACUUGGGGGGCAUCGUACUUUUGCACAAGGAAAUUCUUUUUAACCCAAAAUUAUCCGCUACCUCCAGGAGUAUAA